UGUAAAGUUUUUUUUUUUUGUAUUGUUUUAGCAAACACUUUUUUUGUUCAGAAGAAAACAGACAGAAUUUUUGAGAAAAAUUGAUUUUGCGGAAAGAAAAGAAAGAAAUUGUGUAAAAUUUACAGAAUAAAUAGAAGAAUAAUUGUGGAAAAAUAGUGCAAUAUUAUAAAAUAAAAUGUGAAUAAAUCCAAAUGCGAUAUUUAAUUUGACAUAAGAAAGCAGAUUAAUCCCACUACAACAAUGAAAUUCAAUUAACAAAACAAAUGUGAAAAGGUGAAAAAAUCUACAAAUAUUAGAAUUUCUAAAAAGAAACAAAAACAACUUGAACAAAGAAAAUAUGUCUUCAUGGACAAAAAGGAAUAUAAAAAUAAACAAUAAUAAGAGAAAUAAAAAAUUUAAAAUCAAUUAACUUUAGAUUCUAAAUAAACACUUUCUACUACUCAACUCUAUUCUACUUCAAUGAUAUUUUCCACAUAAUACUUGGAAGUCAAUAAAACCAUAGAAGAACUUAAGGAAAAUUGUAUGGAAUUCUAUAGACAAAAACAAAAUACAAUUUAAAUCAAUCACUUUAAGAAAAUAUACACACAGUAAAUAAGGAUUAGUAACAACAUGAACAGUAGUAGUAGUUCAGAUAUUCCAACAACAACAUCGGCAGCAGCAUUAGAAUUGAAAAACAGUCUAAACAAUACAACAGCAACAACAAUACAACGUAGCAGCAACAAUAAUAGUAAUAGUUAUGCUUCAAACAUGCAGCAACCACCACAACAACACCCCACAACUUUGGGUGAAUUGUAUCAUGCCGGCUCGACUGUCACAGGCAGCUUAAAUAAUGGUACUAGUAUUAGCAAUAAUAAAAUGCCAGCAACAGUUGAAGCUAAUACUGUUUUCGCAUGUGGUAGCGGUGGUGCUGGUGGAGGGUUGGUUGCGGGCAUGAGUGCAAGUGUUAGUGGUGCUAUUUGUAAUGUCAACAAUAUUGCAGCAGUAGCACAAACAACAGCAACAACAACUAAUAGCAGUACUAGCAGCAUUAGUGUGCAUGAUAACAGGCAAUCAAUAAAUAAUGGAGGAGCAGCAGCAGCAUCAUUGAGUGGCCUUAUGGUUGGUAGCUGUGGUGUUAUAGGCAGUGGGGGUGUUGGUAUGGCUGGUAUUGGCUCUAAGCCUCAAGAACGUUAUGUAUGGGAAAUGCGUGCGCGCAGUCCUAAUGUUACCCCAGCCAGUACGGUACUUAAUUCACCAGAUCUAAAUACAGACAUGCAGUACAGCAUACAUCCUCAUCAGAGACAGUUGCAACAAAUACGUGUUGGUCGCAGUCCUGGUAGUCAAUUCGAACAACAUAAUAUACUGCCACAGGGCCUGGCCUCUCCAGGUUCUCCUACAGAUGUUGGCAAAGCCGAUGGCCAGUGUUUAAGAGACGGUGAAAUUGUGGUCUUCGAUGACAUCGAUACCAAUUGGAUGAAUAAGUCCAACAAUUCAUAUUCUUCGAAUCAUUCUAAUCAUGUACGCGAUUCAUAUCAUGGAAAUGAGGAUAUACUCAAAGUAACCAAAAUGAUUGGUCAACUACCCAUUGCCGAAUAUGAGGGUUCACCUAGACGUUUUGGCAAUCAACCUCCAGCAAUGAAAUCAAAUUCAACGAAUGCCUCCGGCAAUAAUAUGGUGCCCAAAAGACCUCCCGGGUUUCCACAACGUGUCUCGCCGAUGACAUCAUUAACACCCCAACAACAGCAGCAACAACAUCAAGAAGCUGCUCAUGCUCGACAUCAGCAAAUGCAACAGCAACAUCAAUUCUAUGCUCAAGCCACUAGUAGUGGCAGUUGUACUAAUUCCUCCAUCUAUAACAACGAUGCUAAUAACAAAUCAAUUGGUAAUCUUAUAGACAUCGAUGCUGAUGAUGAGGAUAUGAUGGUCUCUUCAUUGGCCGCACAACAAUCGCAAACGCAAUCACAACAGACGCCAACCACUUCAUCUUCAUCCACAACUCACAACAACAAUAAUGAUUUGUCGUCAUCGUCAAAGUGCACCAAAGUUAAGACUCCUACAUUUGAUUAUUUAUAUGAAUUUUCAGAAACUCGCAAAGUGUUAGAGGAAUUUUUUAAAGCCAAUCCAGAGGACGAAAAACGUUUUACGGAUUUUACUGAGAGUGGUGAUGAUAUGGGUAGUUGUGAUACCCAUCAUGAGUAUAUGCAUCAUCACGACGAUGAAAAUAAACAUAUCGAAUCGGCCUAUAUUGGUCAACGUUUAGCUAGAAUACCCAAAGAAGAAUUAUAUAUGGUGCAUCGUUCUCCUACUAAGAAACAGAAACAACUACAACAACAACAACAGCAGCAGUAUCAACAGCCACAACAACAACAGCAGCAGCAACAGCAGUGUGAUAAUAAUAUUGUGUAUAAUGACAACAACGACAUUGAGCUUUAUAUCGAUUCAAACAGUCGUAGCAGUGGUGAUUUAGCUGACACAGAAUUGGAGGCGAAUUUACGGCAUCAUUCUCGGAAUUUCACAUUGUCUCCAGAGACAACUGAUUACGAUUCCAAUUGUGGCGAUUUAGACAGUCUUUCGAAUGAUAUUAAUUGUACCACAGACUAUGGCAAAUUAUACACAAGUAUGCCCGUUUUAGAAGAUGGCCUAUCAAGUGGUCAUGCAUCGGAUACUGAAAAUAAUUGUCAAAAUAAAUACGAAACAAAUGGUGAUGAUAAUGGCAGUUGUGAGGGUGAAUUAAAUGAGAAACAUCUACAACAACAUCAUCAGCAGCAGCAGCAUCAGCAUCAACAAGAAAUGUUAGAACAAAAUAAAUACAAUAAUAGUUUGACACAAGAGUGUUUGGAGAAUAAUUAUAGUUCCGCGGCCGUGGCCAAUAAUUUAAUAACAAAUUUGGUAAAUAUUGAUGAAAGUGUUGGAGUUGAGGGAGGAUUGAAUAUUGUGGGUGGUUUAAUUGAUGUUGAUGAAUUGAAUACAUGUAAAAUAUUUCAACAGCAACAACAACAACAGCAUAUGUUGCAUCAUCAGCAAAGUCAGUGUAAUGAUUUAAUGAAUACCGAUAGUGGUUGUUGCAAUCUAGCUUCUCUCAAUACAUCCAACGAAUUAAGCAACGAUUCUUCAAAUUACGAGCCUAUAUAUGCUACAGUUAAUAAACAUUCACAACAACAGCAGCAACAACAAUCGCCACCACCGCCACCAGCUCCACAACCUCAUCGGCAGCAGCAACAACAACAACAACAACAGAUACGUGUUAAGCAUCCCGGUCGCGCCGAAUCAGUUGAGAUACAAGAAGCCAUGAAAGAAAUACGUUCUGCUCUACAAAGAGCUAAAACUCAACCUGAAAAAUUGAAAUUUUGUGAUGAAGUCUUACCUCCAGGUCCAGAUUCACCCAUAUGGGUGCCACGUAAAAAUAAUGCAGAUUGUAAUAAUAUAAAUUCUUCUAAUAAAUCACACUGUGAUGAAGAAGAACAAGAUACUGAUCUAGAAACUGAUCGUUUAUUGGGACAACAAAGAACCGAUGAUCAGGAUUUUUUUGAUGAUAAGACAAUUUGGCCUAAAACCUCUCGCAUAGGUUCUGGUCUCAACUCUUCCGAUCAUUCGCCCACUUCAUCGGAUAUCACCAAUAAUUUACAUCACAAACCACAGCCCUUCUCAUCGGCUACCAUACGCCAGGGCAUAGGCACAUCUUUGACACCAAAUUCACCCGAUCAUUGUCAAAUUGUGGGCGGUUCUGAUGUAGCUGUAACUUCACCAGAAAAACUACAAUAUACUAAAAGUCCCACGGGUUCUAUAAAAUCUCUUAAGGAUUCAGCUAAUAGUGAUAAAAAAGCUAAAACACGCAAUAAAGAGGGUUUCUUGGAUCCGGCAGUAUUAAUUGAAGGUGUGCUAUUUCGUGCCCGUUACUUAGGCUCCACACAAUUAGUAUGUGAGGGUCAACCCACAAAAUCUACAAGAAUGAUGCAAGCCGAAGAGGCGGUAUCACGUAUAAAGGCACCCGAAGGCGAAAAUCAACCUUCUACCGAAGUCGAUUUAUUCAUAUCAACCGAAAAGAUUAUGGUCCUUAAUACAGACCUCAAAGAAAUAAUGAUGGAUCAUGCUUUACGUACCAUUUCCUAUAUUGCCGAUAUUGGUGAUUUAGUUGUAUUAAUGGCACGUAGAAGAUUUGUCCAUUCCGAUCCUUGUUCGGCGGCGGCAGACAAUGAAUCAUCCGCUGGUAAUUCUAAAGAUAAAGAUUCCAAAGAGAAUGGUUCCACAACUGCCGCGUCAAACAAACAGAAUCGUACACCAAAAAUGAUUUGUCACGUUUUCGAAAGUGAUGAAGCUCAAUUUAUAGCUCAAUCCAUAGGCCAAGCCUUUCAGGUGGCCUACAUGGAAUUCCUUAAAGCCAACGGUAUUGAAAAUGAGAAUUUAGCUAAAGAAAUGGAUUACCAAGAGGUGCUCAAUAGCCAAGAGAUUUUCGGUGAUGAAUUGGAAAUCUUUGCUAAAAAAGAAUUACAAAAGGAGGUUGUUGUACCAAAAGCCAAAGGUGAAAUCCUGGGUGUUGUCAUUGUAGAAUCCGGUUGGGGUUCUAUGUUGCCCACAGUUGUUAUAGCAAAUCUUAUGUCUGGUGGUGCGGCUGCACGCUGUGGCCAGUUGAAUAUUGGAGAUCAAUUGAUAGCGAUUAAUGGCUUAAGUUUAGUCGGUCUUCCUUUGUCAACAUGUCAGAAUUAUAUACGUAAUGCUAAAAAUCAAACGGCGGUUAAAUUUACUGUUGUACCAUGUCCUCCGGUGGUUGAGGUGAAAAUAUUGCGUCCUAAAGCACUAUUCCAAUUAGGUUUUAGUGUACAGAAUGGAGUGAUUUGUAGUUUAUUGCGCGGCGGUAUAGCGGAACGUGGUGGUGUUCGAGUUGGUCAUCGUAUUAUUGAAAUUAACAAUCAAAGUGUUGUGGCUGUGCCACACGAUACCAUUGUCAAACUCCUGUCAUCCUCAGUGGGAGAGAUUCUAAUGAAAACUAUGCCCACUUCCAUGUUUCGUUUACUGACGGGUCAAGAAACACCUAUUUAUAUCUAAAAUCUAAAUCUACAUUUACAAAUAUUUUUAUUAAGCUUUAAGACCUUUAACGAAAUCAUUAUUAAUACUAGUAUUAAUCAACAAAUAACUAUUAUAAUUAUACAAAAACAAUUUAUGUUUUAAAUUAAUUUGUAAUUUAUAAUUUCAUACAAAUUUCACAACUUUAUAAGAUUUCUAAAAACACAUAAAAACAACAUACAAUUUAAUUACAAACUUAGGCAGCAGCAGUUAAAUGAUCUAUAAAUUAUAUACAUAUAAUUACAACUCAAAAGCUUUUACGAUUAAAGCUUUAAAAAUCAAACAAUUUUAAGGCAAAAUUUGGCUCAAAAGCUAAUGCUUAUAAAACAAGAACCUAUUAAACGUUAUUAAAUAUUUUCUUUCAAUUUAUUUAAAUUUUUUUUCAUUUCAUUUAAAAUGAAUAAAUGUUAUAAUUUAGAAUAUUAUUUUUUUUUAGAAAACAAAUCACCUAAAAACCAAACACUCUUUUUUUUAAAAAAGAAAGACUGACAAAAUUUUUUUGUUGUUUAAUUAAACACAUAAAUAAUUUCCUUUAAAUAAAAAUACUCAUAAAUUGUUGUUCAACAUAUAACUGCUGCUAAAUUGCAUUUAGCUAAAAAAAGUUUAUAUGAAAUUAUAUAGAAAUUAACAAAGCAAAACAAACAUCCAAUUGUUACCAUUUUUUCUUAUAUAUUAUAUAAACAAAUAUUGUAAUUAAUCUCUAAAAAAAAACAAAAAACCUAAACAAAUUAUUGUCUUAACUAAAUAUUAAUUAUAGCAUCUUGUUAUUAGUUUAACUCUUAACAAAAUUUAGUGCCAUUUUGUUCCAUUAAACUAUUUUUAUUAAAAACUCUUCAUUUUUAAGUUGUUAUUUAAAUAUUUAAGUUAUUAAUUAACACAUUACUUUUUGUUUAUUCUUAAGUAUUUUUUGCAAUAUCUGAAGAACAUUUAAUGAAUUUAUUAGUUUUAUAUUUUUAAUUUGUAUUUCAACAUUUGUUUAAUUAGUUAAAUUAUCAUUUAUAAAAAACUACCUUACUUAUAUUAAUAAAUUAAUUAAUUUAAGUUUAAAACAAACAUGUUUAUUUCAUAUUUUUAUACCAAAAUUUAUUAUCUAACGAAGAAGAAUGUAUAAGAAGUAAAAUACAUUAUGUUAAUUAUGUAUUUGCUUGAAAUCAAGGGGAAAAAUAAUUAAUUGUAAAUUUAUGUUUGAGUUUUUAGUUUUUUAUCGAAAAUUAACGAGAUUUUUAUAUUUCU